GCGGGGGGGAGUGCCCACAUCCAAGAUGGCGCCCCCAGGAGCUGGGAGCGGGUGACCGGCGGCGGGGAAGCGGCCUGGGCUGGCCCUCAGAUUGCGGGGUCCCGGGGGCCUGUCGCGGGGCGCCCCCGUGACCCACCGACCAGGCCUUCCCCCGGGCCGGAGAGAUGGCCGCCGAGAACAGCAAGCAGUUCUGGAAGAGGAGCGCCAAGCUGCCGGGGAGCAUUCAGCCCGUGUAUGGAGCCCAGCACCCUCCUCUGGAUCCUCAGCUCACGAAAAACUUCAUCAAAGAACGGUCGAAAGUCAACUCUGUUCCUCUGAAGAACAAGAAGGCCUCCAGUUUCCACGAGUUUGCCCGGAAUACCAGUGACGCGUGGGACAUUGGCGAUGACGAGGAGGAGGACUUUUCCUCACCUCCUUUCCAAACUCUGAACUCGAAAGUGGCUUUGGCAACUGCAGCCCAAGUCCUGGAAAACCACAGCAAGCUGAGGGUAAAGCCGGAACGGUCGCAGUCGACAACAUCAGACGUCCCUGCCAACUACAAGGUCAUAAAGUCCAGCAGUGACGCCCAACUAUCCCGAAACUCCAGUGACACGUGCCUGAGGAACCCACUUCACAAACAGCAGUCUCUCCCUCUCCGGCCCAUCAUCCCCCUUGUCGCCCGGAUCUCAGACCAGAAUGCUUCUGGGGCUCCUCCGAUGACAGUCCGGGAGAAAACCCGCCUGGAAAAGUUCCGCCAGCUGCUUUCCAGCCACAACACCGACUUAGAUGAACUGAGGAAGUGGAGCUGGCCAGGCGUUCCCAGGGAAGUCCGACCAGUGACCUGGAGACUGCUGUCGGGCUAUCUCCCGGCAAACACCGAGCGGCGGAAGUUGACCCUGCAGCGGAAGCGGGAGGAGUACUUUGGUUUCAUUGAGCAGUAUUAUGACUCUCGGAACGAAGAGCACCACCAGGACACCUACAGGCAGAUUCACAUUGACAUUCCAAGGACGAACCCCCUCAUUCCCUUGUUCCAGCAGCCGCUCGUGCAGGAGAUCUUUGAACGAAUUCUCUUUAUCUGGGCCAUCCGACACCCUGCCAGUGGGUAUGUCCAGGGAAUUAAUGACCUGGUCACUCCAUUCUUUGUCGUCUUCCUCUCGGAAUAUGUGGAAGAGGACGUGGAGAACUUUGAUGUGACCACCUUGUCUCAGGACAUGCUGCGAAGCAUUGAAGCGGACAGCUUUUGGUGCAUGAGCAAACUGCUGGACGGGAUCCAGGAUAAUUACACGUUCGCACAACCAGGGAUUCAGAAGAAGGUCAAGGCACUGGAAGAGCUCGUCAGCAGGAUCGAUGAGCAGGUUCACAGUCACUUCAGGAGGUACGAGGUGGAGUACCUGCAGUUUGCCUUCCGGUGGAUGAACAAUCUGCUGAUGCGGGAGCUUCCCCUGCGCUGCACCAUCCGCCUGUGGGACACCUACCAGUCUGAGCCAGAAGGCUUUUCACACUUCCAUCUCUAUGUCUGCGCCGCCUUCCUGAUCAAGUGGAGGAAGGAGAUUUUGGAUGAGGAAGACUUUCAGGGCCUCCUCAUGCUGCUGCAGAACCUGCCCACCAUCCACUGGGGCAACGAGGAGAUCGGGCUGCUGCUGGCAGAGGCCUACAGACUCAAGUAUAUGUUUGCAGACGCCCCUAACCACUACCGCCGAUAGGUGCUGUCUCCCCUGGGGACCGGACUGCCCCACCUCUGAUGGCAACUUCAUCACUGUGGCCACCGUGCAAGCCGUGGACCCCGGCCAGGAACCACUCCUGCUGUACAAAGCUCGUCCCCCUGCCGCCAUCGCCACAGCCACCACCACCGUCGCCGCCACCCAGGUCUUAACUUCCCAGCAUCCGUCACUUUGUCUCUGGAUGUGUGUCUGGGAUGACUGUCAGUAUUCUGUGCCGUGUGGAUGGGCCUGGCUAAGGAGUGGGCCAAGGGGAGGUGAGAGUUGUCUUUCCCUGGAAGACACUGGACAAAAGAAGGGGAGACCCCGGGUCUGCCCCCAUUGUCCAUACAUACACCCGCCAGCUCCGCCCAGGACCCUGCUGGUGAUGUUUUCUUUUACUUUCUUUUUUUAAACAAGGAAAACACACAUUUUCUAAUAUGCCCAAGGCAUAGGACAUUAGGCUGUAUGCUUCUGUGACUCAGUUUGAUCCGGUAACUGGUCUGAGAUACUUUGUUUUCAGGACACUCCCUACCCCAUUCCUUCCCCUCAUUUCCCCUCCUCCUGUCCCACCUGAGCCAGUGACACAGUGAGUGAGCCCUUCCCUCUCAGGCGGAGGAGACACCACGUUCAUCACCCAGAGGAGAGGCCUGCACUCAAGGGCUGAGAAGUAUGUCCGUCCUUUCCUCAAGGAUUAUCUGUUCCCCUGUGGGUAGGGUCUGCGUGUGUGCGUGUGCCUAUGCAUGUGUGCUUGUGUGUGUGUGUGUGUGUGUGUGUGUGUGUGUGUAUAUGCAUAUGUGUGCUCGAGUGUGUGUAUGCUCAAGUGUGCGUGUGUAUGCGCACAUAAGUUUGUAUGUAUGUGUGCGUGUACACGUAUAACUGUGUGUGUGUGUGUGUAUGCAAGCCCAUCAGCAUUUUGUCACAUGUCUGAAUUUGUGUCCAGACUAACCCCAUCAGAACUGGUUGGGAAGGACCCCAGGGACCAAGCAUCUGAGAGUCCCUUGAGAGGGACCAGGGCAGGGGAGGGAGAAAGAGGGUUGUUUAGUUCAGUUUUAACCACCUCUUGGAACCCUUUUCCAGGGUGAAGCACUCCAAGAUAUUAUGUAUAAAUUGUGUUAUUAUGUAUAUGGGUAAAGGUGUACAAAUCUAUGUCCUCUUUGUAGCAGAUAUGAUUUUAUAUUUAUAGCGUGCAUUGACAUGUGAAAGAGAGCUAGGCCAUCAGCACAGAUGAGGUUGCUUAAGGGAGGGGCCUGGUGGAGGUGGCUGGAGGGCGUGGCCUGCAGAGGGUCCACAGUCAGUGCCUCCACCCCUUCUCCCUCCCCUUUCUUCCCAUCCCUCCAUGGCCUCUGUGGAAGCCCUGCUCUGUCCAUCCCUUCUCCAUGCAGAGCUCCGCUCUCCUCACCCCUCUCCUCAUCCCCGUCCUCGCCCCAGGAAGGACUGGACAAGCAGAAGGCCUCCCUCAGGUUUUGCAAGCCCAGCCUUUGUCUCCUCAGUGUAAGUCAGCACUGUGGUCAGGAUGGGAGCUGGCUGACAAGUCAGUGCCAAGAGAAGGGUCCCUGUGUGUCCCCAAGACCAGGAGCUCUUCACCGGCAUGCCCUGCAGCUCAGGAGACAGAGGACCCACACUAGAGCUUUGUGUUGGUAGUGGAGAAGGGAGGAUGGAAGCCAGCGGCCAUCACCCCCUUGGAGUGCCAGGCAAUGUUCCCAGGGUGACACCCUGGAGCUCACGUCUUGUGUCACUCCACCUCUGGCCACACCUCACCCCUUGAGUUAGCUCCCUCAGCCAGGCUGUUUCUCAGGCAAUCUUCACAAUCCCCCACCCUCCCCUCCUGUGCUGCAGUAGCCUCCUUCACAGAGGCGAGGACUCGUGACCCUCCCUCCAACAAACUUGAGUAAAGACAGAGACUUUGUUCCCAAGUGGUGGUUUUAUUUUUUAGUUUUACGUCUGUAGGGAAAUUGUGGAUAAAGUGAAUGGACUGUAAAUAAAUGGUGUUUCUCCUCCA